GUUUCCUCGUCUUUCAUCUGAUUUGUAUCUGCUAUGCGUGUAUCUCUACGUAUAUAUACUGGAAUCGACACCUUUGGAUGGUGCACGAGCGCACUUGAAUCUGUUUGGCCAUCUAGUUUGCGGGGUGGUGAGUGGAUAUUGCUUUCUACAAUGCCGGUAAGGUGUUUGAUGAAUUGUUUGUGAGAUUUUCAGUUGUAUAGGUGUGAAUGCAUGUCUGCUGCUUUGCCUAAUUUAAACAAGUUAACGAGUUAAUUGAACAAUGCUGGUGAAACGUGCGUUUUGGAGCUACGUUUCCACUUCCUGCGGCUUCUCUUCGUUGGCAGCUACCAAUUUGCUGAAAUGCGGGGAGGUUGUGAAGCAAGCUCGGGUGUUUACGGAAGCAGAUGUUGUUGAAUACUCGAAGCUGAGCCAUGAUACCAACCCCUUGCAUUUUGACUCAGAAUGUGCCAAGCUUGCUGGAUUCAGUGACAGGCUUGUUCCUGGAAUGCUGGUCGCUUCCUUAUUCCCAAGAACCAUUGCUUCAAAUUUUCCGGGAGCUGUAUAUGUUUCGCAAACAUUGCACUUCAAGUCGCCAGUGUAUAUUGGAGAGGAGAUAGUUGGUGAAAUAUGUGCAACAAAUAUUAAGGAUCUGAAAUCGAAACAUGUGGUUAAAUUUUCCACCAAAUGCUUCAAACGUGAUGGCGUGCUUGUUAUCGAUGGCGAGGCCACAGCCAUCUUGCGGAGUCUGAACAAAGAACCAGCAGCUCGGUGGUCGAGCUGAAGAACAAAAAGUUAUUCCCUGGUUAAUGGUCAAAAUGCAUGAUUUUCUUGAACACAAAGUUCUUCCCUGUUUAAUGGUCAAAAUGCAUGCUUUUCUUGUACUCUAGUAACCAGUUUUGUUGAGCAAAGCAGAAAUGAGAAUUAUGGAAUGAAUUUUGACAAACGAAAUAAAUUGACUUUAUUACUA